CAGAAUCUGAUUCUCCGGAGCAAACGGGGCUAGAAAAAGUGUCAGGGACUGGCCCAUGCUGCUGCAGUUGGUGCUUCAGCAGGAGAGCUGGGCCGGCCCACGUAAAUCUGUACGAGAUCUUAUCCAAAAACAGCUCCGCUCCCCCUCUCCCCGCGUGCCCACGUCUUCGUCGGGGCCGUCGCCGGCGACGAGGUACGCCCCCAUCCCCGUACUGUCCCCUUUCUGCUUCGCGGAGCGCUCUUGUUCCCGCACCCUGCGCGCCCAGGGAACGGGAAAGGGGAGGAAGAAUAUGGGCGAGUUCGACGACUAUUGGGCGCGCGCGUACAGGGGCGACUCUGCGGUCCCGCACUCCGACCCGCAGCGGCUUGUCUCCACGUGGACCGGCGCCGUUGCCCUCGGCGCGGCCGCUUGCGUCCACCACCACGCCUCCGCGCUCGCCUCCCACCUCAAGUCCCUACCAGCGACUUGGCAAGACAUGACAUUGGCGCUUGAUCAAAAGCGAUGGAAGAAAGCUAUUGAGAAAAAGCAACAGCGAGCUUAAGGUCAACUAAAUUGACUUUUUUAUCAGAUGAUGACAGUUGACAUCGACCGUGUCAUGUUCUAUCUUUUUUUAUAAAAGGGUCAGGUUCUAACUUGCUUACGCUUCCUCCUGUUUGCUACAGCUCAUUAUUCUUUCCUGCCCCUUGGGCCCCAGUUGGAUGAGCAUGUGUCUGGUCAUCAAUGUGGCGCAUGAAGUUUCAGAGUUUUCUAUCUCUAUACACAUAAUGUAUUGACUGAGGUUCUACUUUUGGUUUCCCUGUGUAGCGUUAGAGCACUGUGAAAACGAAUGAAUUAUGUUAAACUGCCCCCAUUUUUUAUGUUUGCUACAUCCCGGAUCCUCACAUGACAUUCAGAAUGAUUCAUCUGUUCUUGAAAUCUUUAUUAUCCCUUUUAACA